CUCGUUUCGCCACCGUCAUGGUACUCCACCAAUGGCCAGCCUCCAAUUCAGAAGGUGUGCCCCACAUGUUCCUGCUGCCAUAAUGAUGAGGCCGCCCUUCUGAGAAGGUUCUCGUCUUUGAAAUUUGGGUGUGUGGCGACUGAGCAGGAGGUCCUCAUAAUGGAGGACAAAAAAAAGAAGAAGAUUUUUGACAAUGUCCGAAUAAGAAAGCUCGUCAAUCUGAUGAAGCCAGGCAAAAAAGCAGCUGUGAAGGAAACACUUGCCCAAAGGCGCAGUAUAUCCGUGCCGGACGUUAGGCUUGAACAAGGAGAAUCACGUUCACCAGGGAAUGUUUUGUUGUCGACAUCUUCCUUUAAUGCUAAUUCUUCCAAGUUGAGUGAUAGCGAUUCCACUGCAAGUGGCUCGAUUCAUGACAAGUCAGAAAUGAAACUCGAAGUUUCCACAGAUAUCCCAGGUGAAGGCUGCAAUGCAGCAUAUUCGCCGUUCAGAACAGCGGCUCUCAAUGAGCAAAUUGAUAAUGAGGUCUUAUCAAGCUCGGAGGCGAAGACACAUGUGAGCGAAGGAGUAGACAAACCAGCCAGGAAGAAACCACCUACAUUUUUUUUCGGCCCGCUUGGUGCACGAAGUUCCAUUUUGGAAAAUGCACGAGUCACUCCACCAAGACCGCAUUCUGCAACAGGUUUUGAGGAAAGACCUUGGACACCUGAGGGCGGGGGUUAUCCAGAAACUGUUGAUGAACUGCUUGCAAACUCUCAGGCAGGACAAAAGAUUCCCAAUUCAAAUGCCAAGGGUGUUUACUUCAGGCAGGACAGGCUCCUGUCGGGAAAAAGGACUCCAUCACCUCUCAUAGAAAAGGUGCCUUUGACAAUGGAGUUUUUGGGUAAACCUCUGGAUAGCAUGGAUGGAAGCUCAGAAAACUUUGGGUCCAGCGAGGACCAGGAUGCCCUAUCAUGGAUGGCAGACUUGGAGAGACUGGAUAAGGAACGCACCUCAAUCACAAGUGACUUUAAUAUUGAGGUACCUUCACUAGAAGGAGGAACUAUGGAAGACAUUGAGAUGUCCAGUGAGCCAUUUGACUUAUUUGACGAAAUCCUUCGAGGUCCAUCAGAAAGCCCAGUAUUGCCAGCAGGGUCAGAUGUCCAAUCACUGGCCCCACUCCAGAAGUACCUACUUUGCAUCAGUUUGAAGCAGGGACAGAACCUGGUCAUCCGAGACAAACGUUCAGGUACAAGUGAUCCUUAUGUGAAGUUCAAACUGGAGGGAAAACAAUUCUACAAGAGCAAAGUGGUGAAUAAAAAUUUGAAUCCUCGGUGGAAUGAAUGCUUCUCCUAUCCUCUGCAGGACAAAGAACAUAAUGUGGAAGUUCGGGUCUACGAUAAAAAUCUGACGACAGAUGAUUUCAUGGGUUCGAGCACUAUCGCACUAAAUGAUCUUAAACUUUACAAGACCUAUGAAAUGGAGUUGCGCCUCAGCGAUCCUAAAAGCAAAGAAGAAGACAUGGGAGUAAUUAACGUUGACGUCUGUCUUAUGUUUCGUGACGCCACCCUCAAAAGAACCUCGAAAUGGCCAGGAAAGAAGAAUAAGCUGAAGGCCACACAGCUGCAGAGCCCGGCCGAGAUGCAGAGGAGUCAGCUGAAGAGCCGCAUGACGGGGGUGCUCGCCAUCACCCUGGUGGAGGGACAGGAUAUGCCGCAGUACGGCCAAGGCGACAUCUAUGUCCGCUUUCGUCUUGGCAAUCAGAAGUACAAGAGCAAGAACCUCUGCAUUCAGGCCAAUCCUCAAUGGAGAGAGCAGUUUGACUUCAAUCAGUUUGCAGAUAACCAAGAACCUCUGCAGGUGGAGGUGUAUUCAAAGAGAGGCAGGAAGGGUGAGGAAUCAUGGGGAAUGUUUGAGGUUGACCUGUCCCGACUUGUCGUCAAUGAGAGGCAGCUCUACACGCAUGUGCUGGAUCCGGGGAAGGGCAAGCUGGUGUUUUUGGUCACCCUCCGACCGUGCUGGGGGGUCUCGGUGUCUGACCUUGAGAUGGCUACUUUAGAUAAACCUGAAGAGAGAGACGCCGUGGUGGAGAAAUUUAGCUUAAAGAACUCCUCUAAGUACCUGAGAGAAAUCGGUUUCCUUCAGAUCAAAGUCUUAAGAGCCAAUGAGCCUGCUACAGACCUCAAUGGAAGAAUCAACCCGUUUUGUGUCAUUGAGCUCGGGAAACAGCAAACUCAAACCCACACUGUCUACAAGACAGUCAAUCCCGAGUGGAACAAAGCACUCACUUUCCCAGUUAAGGACAUCCAUGAUGUGAUUGAGCUGACUAUCCUGGAUGAAAACGGAGACAAAACCCCAAACUUUAUGGGCAAAGUGGCCAUUCCAUUACUGACUGUUCAGAAUGAGCAGCAGAUUUGUCUGUUGUUGAAGAAAGAGGACUUGAGCUGUGCCGCUAAAGGAAGUGUCACACUGGUGAUAGAGGUCGUAUACAACAAAGUUCGGGCUGCUAUUCGAACUUUUCAACCGAAGGAGGAAAAAUUUACAGAGGAAAAUGUGAAGUUUUCCAAAAAGGUUCUUGCCCAGAAUAUAUAUAGGGUCCGGAAUAUCAGCACAGCAGUCCUGUACACGUUACAGUACAUUAGGAGCUGUUUUCAAUGGGAGAACACACAACGGAGUCUCAUAGCCUUCCUGAUCUUUCUGGUGACAGUUUGGUACUCGGAGCUCUUCAUGUUCCCCCUUUUCCUGCUUCUACUUAUCGGCUGGAACUACUUGCAGCUCAGUGGGAGGAACUCCAACCCCGACCUGGUGAACAUGAGCAUAGGUGAGGAUGAAGAGGACGACGAGAAGGAGCUUAAUAAAAAGGGUUUAAUGGACAAGUUCUACAUGGUGCAGGAAGUGGUCUUGUGUGUUCAGAACGUUUUGGAAGAGGUCGCAAACAUGGGGGAGCGAAUAAAGAACAUAUUCAACUGGUCUGUUCCAUUCAUGUCUUGUCUGACUUGCUUGGUACUGUUUUCCGCCACGACGCUGUUAUAUUUCAUCCCCCUGCGAUAUAUAGUGCUGAUAUGGGGCAUUAACAAAUUUACCAAGAAGCUGCGCAACCCGUAUGCAAUUGACAGUAAUGAGUUGCUGGAUUUCCUCAAGAGGAUGCCUUAUGAUGUUCAGAAGGUGCAGUACAGCGCCCUGAGAGCGCCGAGCCAGAGCCAACCGCGCAGGAAAAAGUAAGCUCAGGCGGAUAAGAGGCCGGCCCCCCCGUGCCAGAGCAGGGUUCGACCCGGUCCACCUGACAACGCACCGGCGCCACCCGAGCCCGUGACCCCGCCGUAGCGCCCCCCCGACUCUGCCCUCCCCCUUCCAGUCGCCCUCUGACCGGCGUGUUUGCCUCCCCGGCUGACAGGCGGUGUGAGCAGCAGCAGGAGGAGGGCAGCGCACGGCCCCGUCAAUCAGCCGCCUGGAGGUAAAGAAGGAAGCAGUGCGAGGCUCUGCCUUCAUCUUUGGAUGUAAUUUAGAGGAGGAAUGAGGCGCGUCGGCUUUGGCUUACCUUAGAUCUCCUGCCUCUCUUUUUUUUUUUCUGCAGAUAUUUGCCCGAAGGUAAAUUUAAUGCCAGCUUAACAAUUCAUGGAAAACAAACUGUGGCAAUAUUUUCCUCUUGAUCCGUGUGCUAAUAUCACAAUAAGCCAGAACUCAGCGCGAAUGUAUUUUUUGCACAACUUCCUUUUUUGGUAAGGAUUUCUAGUAUAGAACAAUGCUGCCUGAUAUAGACACACAGUUUAUGCUCUAUGUUGUUUUUAUGUUUUGUCAUUGUUGUACAUACUAUUAAAUAUGUUUUUUUUUUUAAAAUA